CUCUCUUAAUUUUGGUGAGAUUCGUUAAGUCGUUGGAAGAGAACUGCUGAUAAGCUCUGCAUCAGAACGAGUGUAGCUCGACAGCUCGACAGUUUCCAGAUAUACAUACUUAGUGUGUGCUAGCAGGCGUUCAUUUAGCGGCUUGUUCUUCCACGUACAUAGGAAAAAGGCAGCUUGAAAAAUUACAAUGGAUCCAAUCAUUCUUUCGGCCCUUCUUGUGGUACUCUUAAUGGGAAAUAGCAGAACUUAUGGACAAGAAAUCUUCGGGUAUUGCACAACGCCAGAUGACAACAGCGGAACCUGCAUUAAGCUCAGGGAAUGUGGAUAUCUCUUUCAACUAGUCGAAAGCGGAACGCUAUCGAAUGAGAGACGUAAAUUUCUGCAAAACAGUCAAUGCGGCUACCGCAAUGGACAAGUACUCAUUUGCUGUGGAAACUCACGCAUGGAUGCCCAGCAUCAAGGACAGUCGCUGGGUUCCAGUCUGUUGCCACAGGCGCCAAAUUGCGGGGACAACUUCGGAGAUCGCGUAGUAGGCGGUAAAGAGACGGGCAAGCGGGAGUUCCCUUGGAUGGCGCUCAUAGAGUACACGAAGCCCGGCAACAUAAAGGGCCACCACUGCGGAGGAUCCCUGAUCAACACUCGCUAUGUGCUUACAGCAGCUCACUGUGUCUCCGCUAUUCCCAACGACUGGCAGCUGACGGGUGUACGCUUGGGCGAGUGGGAUGCAAGCAGCAAUCCGGAUUGCACAACAGGCAAAAACGGACAGAGGGACUGCAACGAACCCUACGUUGACUUGCCUGUUCUGGAUCGAAUUCCACACCCGCAAUACCCAGGGAAUUCCCGUGAUCAGUUAAAUGAUAUUGCGUUACUGCGUCUGCGAGACGAGGUACAGUACAGCGACUUUAUUUCACCAGUGUGCCUGCCCACCCUACCGUCCCAGCAAAACAAUAUGUUCCUCGGUCGCAAGGUUGUGGUAGCCGGAUGGGGUCGGACAGAGAAUAACUUUACGUCCAACAUCAAACUUAAGGCGGAGUUAGACCCGGUGCUAAGCGACGACUGCAAGCAACGGUAUGCCACCCAACGCAGAACUCUCACUUCGAAACAACUGUGCGCCGGCGGGAUGGAGGGUGUCGACUCAUGCCGGGGGGACUCCGGUGGCCCCCUCCUGCUUGAAGAUUUUUCCAAUGGAUAUUCCAACUAUUAUAUUGCUGGAGUGGUCUCCUAUGGACCCACACCCUGCGGUCUAAAGGGGUGGCCGGGCGUGUACACAAGGGUUGCGGCAUAUCUAGACUGGAUAGAAAACAACGUAAGGUCCUAGUCGCAACUUACAAAAUCGACCCCUUUUACUUGAAAAAUUCCACAAAAUAUAUACAUAAAUUAAUAACAAUGAAAUGAAUGUAACUUUUGUAAAUUUAAUGGUAUAAGUCGUGCAGUUAAACACAAAUAGAGCGGUUGCACUGUACACUUAAAAUAUAUAAAGUGAAUAUUA